AUGGAUGCUGAAAUUGAGUUUAUUGAAAAGAAUAAUACUUGGGAGUUGACAAAACUUCCAAGAGGACAAAAAAUCAUUGGUGUUAAGUGGGUUUUCAAAACGAAGCUGAAAGAAAGUGGUGAAGUCGACAAAUAUAAGGCACGAUUGGUCGCAAAAGGUUACAAGCAAGAGUAUGGUGUCGAUUAUAAAGAGGUUUUCGCUCCUGUUGCACGCCAUGAUACAAUCAGGUUGGUGAUUUCUUUGGCCACUCAAUAUUCAUGGCCUAUUUACCAAUUGGAUGUAAAAUUCGCGUUUCUCCACGACGAAUUAGAAGAAUAG